AUGGGCACAUGGAAGGGAAGGAGUUUCCUAGUGGUAGACACGUCACCCAUCUUUGAGUCAAAGGCCCAGAACCAAGAAAAGGACAUUGGAGACUGCUACCUGCUGUGUGUGCCAGGACCCCAUGUACUGUUACUGGUGACCCAGCUGGGACGCUUCACAGCCCAGGACGCCAUAGCCCUGAGGAGGGUGAAAGAAAUGAUUGGAGCAGGAGUCAUGAGGCACAUGAUCGUCCUCUUCACCCACAAGGAAGACCUGGCAAAUGAGACCUUGCAUGAGUUUGUGAUCCACACUGACAACCACAGCCUGCGCAGCCUGGUCCAGGAGUGUGGGAGGAGGUACUGUGCCUUUAAUAACAGGGCUUCUGGGGAAGAGCAUCAGGGACAGCUGACAGAGCUCAUGACCUUGGUGAGCAGGCUGGAGCAGGAGUGUAAUGGCUCUUUCCACAGCAAUGACCUCUUCCUUCAUGCCUGUGUCUUCCUUAGUAGUGACAGCAGUGAGUACCAGGAAGCCUACAGGUGCUACCUGGCCAAGGUGAGGCAGGAGUUGGAGAGGCAGAAGCAGGACCUGAAGGAGCUCGAGGGCAGCUGA